AUGCCUGCCGCAAUCUCCCGCACACACACGAUGCCUACCGUCAUCUCAUCCAAGACCUCGUCCGGGUCGAGGAAGGAGAGGAACGUGGGCUUCAUGCAUGACCCAGUCUCCGCCGUCUCGCGUCCCGUGAACACUGAAGAGUCAUGGGCUGCCCACCACUUCGAGACGCACGCACAGAAAUGUGCCUACUGCCGCAACCCUUAUGAGGUCCACCGCAACCACGAGCAGCUCUGCGAGAUCGGCCACCGUCUCGCUCAGGACGUUGCCGCGUUCCUCUACCAGCGCUCGGACGGCAAGGCCUACAGCACCGUUGAGGAAGAGAACAAACUCGUCCAGAUUGAGAUACCAUCUGGCUACGUCCAAGUUCGUAGCCUACUCAAGGCCAUCGAGCGUAACCUUCGCUCUCGCUCACGCGCUCCUUUCGUGUCCAUGGACCGCACAUACUACGUUGCCGCUCGCACGCCUGUGCGCUCGCGUUCCGUCAAGGUCGACCAGGAGAUGAAGCACAAGUCGCGACCGCGAUCCGGAGAGAUCGUUGACUGGCCUUCAUCACCCAAGAAAGCCCAAAAGCUCACUGUCGAGGUCGACAACGCCUCCUCCAAGCGCGGCUCCCUCUACGAGCAAGACAUUGCUCUUCAGCGCCGCAACGCGAAGAACUACAAGAUCGAGGUCCGAGAACCCUCAGUCCGAGAUCUUCGCGAGCAACGCCUCUCCGGCUACUACAGGUGA